AAGGGGUGCAGCAAUAGCUCCUAAAGUACAAAGCCUCCAGACAGCUGGAAUGAGUCACCCGGAUCUCACAGCCGACGAUCUCAACAGCCGAGCGGGUAUUUCCAUGGAAGGGAAGAAAGAUUUAAGGAAUAAAAAAGCUAGUCCUAGCUCUAAAGAUAUUCUGAAAUCAAACAUGUGUGAUAAGCACAAAUUUACAGAAGAUGAUUGUCAAGAAAUACAGAGGAGACUAUUGAAAUGGUAUGAUGAAGAACAGCGAACUCUCCCUUGGCGGACAAUAGCGAAAACUGAAGUAGAUCAGAAUGUUCGAGGUUAUGCUGUUUGGGUCUCUGAAGUUAUGUUGCAACAGACUCAAGUAGCAACGGUUAUACCAUAUUUCAAUAAGUGGAUGGAGAAAUGGCCAACAGUCCAAGCUUUAGCUAAAGCUAAUGUAGAAGAAGUUUUACAAGCUUGGGCCGGCCUUGGGUACUAUUCAAGAGGUCGCAGAUUGCAUGAAGGAGCUAAAAUUAUUGUAGAAAAACUGAAUGGACAAAUACCUAAUACAGUUCCAAAUCUUAUCAAACUUAUUCCUGGAAUUGGACCAUAUUCUGCAUCAGCAAUUGCUUCCAUUGCCUUUCAAAAAUCUGUUGGCGUUGUUGAUGGGAAUGUAAUUCGAGUUUUGAGUAGGAUGCGAGUUAUUGGAGCUCCAGUCUCGGAGGCUAAUGUCCGUGACCACUUGUGGGAACUGGCUAAUAAACUUGUUUCUAAAGAAAGACCUAUGGAUUUCAAUCAAGCUUUGAUGGAACUUGGAGCUACUAUUUGUAUGCCUCAAAACCCUAACUGUACAACAUGCACUGUAAAUGAUUAUUGCAAAGCAUAUUGCAUGACUAAAACAGCUCCAAAAAUUGGAAAGAUGGAUUCCUUUUUAAAGAAGAAAUCUGUUGAAAGUGUCGAUUAUAAAAAAGAAGAAUGUGUUAUAGAUAUAGAAAAUGUAAUUGGGUGUAAUUUUUGUCUACCCUCAUCUGUUUGGAAUGAUAAUCCACAAGUUAUUGCAUUUCCCUGCAAAGCCGAGAAAAAAGCUGCAAGACAAGAAAACGUUGGUGUUCUUGUGAUAGAGAAAGGAGAUCAAUUUUUGAUGGUUCGACGUCCAGAAAAGGGUUUGCUGGCAGGUUUGUGGGAAUUUCCUUGUGCUAUUUUACCCGAUGUGACUACUUCAAUAGAAAGAUCCCAGAUUAUUGAAUCUGCAGUUAAGGAAUUGGGAGUUCCAAGUUCUACUCUUUCUUGCAAAAAAUUUGUUGGAGAGGUUAUUCAUUUGUUUUCCCACAUCCAUGCAACAUACGUAGUUGAACACUUAGUUCUAGAUAGCUCAGUAAAGAUAAAAAGUUCAAAAAAGGAAGUGAUGUGGGUUACUUUAGAAGAAAUAAAAACAGCUGCAGUAUCGACUGCUAUGAAAAAAGUUCUGGCUCUUGUAAAGAAAUUAGAAACUAAACCUGUGAAACAGGUCGCUAAAAAAAAGAGAAAACACAGUCCAGAAAAUCAUAAACAAGUAUCAAUAAAAUCAUUUUUUGUGUAAAGAUUUGUUUUUCUUAUUGCAUCUGUGAUAGAAUCAUUACCUUAUACAAAAAUUCACAUCGAGAUUUUAUCUGUCAUAUCAUUAUUAAAGCAUAUUGUACAAACUUCUUGUAAACAUUUUGAGAAUCUGCCCCUGUUAAUUUGGCAUAUAUAUAUUUUUUAUUAUUUGGCAUACUGUUGCAGUUUAAUUGAACUUUAAUGAUUUCACUCUGUAUCCUCUUGCUUACCUUUCUGCUAAUGUGCCUUUUGCAUCUGGAGAAAAAUUUGUGUAAUCUCAAAUUCCAGCAAAUAUUUGUCACUAAUUGCUACAAGUAAUUUAUUUCAUUUUCAUAUUAAUAAAGAAAGGCUUUUAAGUAAUUGAAUGUAUUUUAUGCAACCUGUUGUGAUUUUUAAGUAAUAUCAUCUAUUUUAUAUGAUAUCAUUUUUAAGCAAUUGUCUGUAUGAUUGAAUCAAAUAAAAUUUCAAGCAAAGACUUUAUUUUUAGUGAUAUAUAUUUU